AUGUUUUCCAUACCCCGCCGUCUCCUCUUUGGCGACCAGUCCAAGCUCGACUUCAAGCUGGACGCCGUCAACGGAUUCGCCCGGCUCUACAGCGAAAGGCAUAUCCCCUACCACGACAGCCGAUACUGGUCCGGCUUCCUCCAAUUCGACUCGCCCUCGGACAUCUUUUCGCUGCUUAGCCUCGCAGACCUCCGAAAGGCCCGCCAGCAUGCACCCGAGAACAUCGUCACCCUCGUUCGCGUCCUCGUAGCCCACCUCGAGAGCCUCAUCGUCGAUCCCAGCUUCAGCCCGCCCCCGGCUUCCAUGGCCGCACAGGCUUCUGCCGCGUCCUACCUCGGCAGCCUCUCGAGCUGGAGGAUUCCCGGCACCGGCGCAGACUCGCAGCAGGGCCAGCAGGACCAACGAGACAGGGCUAGAGAGGCCCUCAACGUCGUACGCAUCCUGACCAGGACCUUGCCAGCUGUCCUUGAACACUCUGAGCCGGCUUUCGAGGCAGAAGUAUUGUGGAGUCAGGCCCCCGCUGCCUACGACGAGUCGGCAGAGGCAAGGCCAGCCCAGGGGGCAACGUCAACCCCAGUGAAGCAGGCAGCGGCAGGCGCAGACGCAGCCACUGAGAGCCAAUUCGUCAUUGAUGACGAUGACGACGAAGACGACGAUGACGAGGCCGAAGGCGGAGCCAAGCGACGGAAGUCAGCAAACGGCGCCAAGGGCCCGACUAGCACAGACGAGGACCCGCUUCAAGCCCCUACCACGCCGUCAGUGCAAGGCGCGCGGGAGGACGAGGACGGAGUGCCGCCUGUUGCGCUAGGUGAACGCCUGAUCCGCCUCACUAUCGACCUUCUCUUCUGCUCUGGCUUCACGAUACCCUGGACCGAAGAGCAGCUGACCGACCUGGCACCCGGCCGCUCGCCCAACAAGAUCCACUACGCAAUCUGGGAGGCCGGCGUGGGCAGCUCGGUCGACCUGCCAGGAACCACGCGCCAGCACACCGCGAAUCGUAACGAGGUGCUCCGCCUCUUGCUCGUUCUCCUUUCCAAGAGCAUCUACGUGCCGGCCGAAAAGCAGAGCUCCUUUGUCGACCCAGCGCUUCGCUUCACCGUUCAAGAGCUCGAGCGCGGCGUGCUGCUGCCGCUCAUGUGCAGUCUGCUCAACACGAGCCUCGCCAACCCACGCAGCUCCGUCUCGGCCUGGCUCGGCCUCCCCAGCGUUGUCGGCGGCGGUGUCGGCAGCGGAGGGAGCGGUGGUGGCGGGGGUGGUGGACUCGGCAGCCUCGGCCUCGGCGGAUCGAGCGGCGAAGAGGUGCAGACGUCGCUUGUCUCGCAGAGUCUGCAGGUGCUCGAUGUGCUGCUCAGCUACGAGCCGCCGCAGCCCAGCGAAACCGACACCGCCAGCCUAAGCACCCUCGGCCCACCACAGCCGGGCCCGGGUGGCAAGAACAUUUUCCGCUUCUAUCUCUCCAAGCUGCACCGCGAGGCCGACUUUGACUUCAUCUGGACCGGCAUGGCACGAAGCCUUGGCGAGCAUGUCGCGUCGCCCAUCCAGAUCCUUGCCAUCCAGAUCCCAACGACGGGCGGCAGCAGCCGGCGUAACGCGGGCGCCAACUGGCACCUGAACCAGGUGGCCGAGCGGCUCAUGCUCCUGUGGCGCCUGCUAGAGCUCAACGCCAAGUUCCGCCACUACCUGCUCGACCACCCUCAGCGCGCGCCCGCGCUCGUCUCGUUCUUGCUCUACUUUGCCCUCACCUACAAGGACAACCUGGCACUUCAAGGCCUGGUGCGCCUGUGCGCCUUCAUGCUGCAAGACGUGUCAAGCCAUCGCGACCUGGGCGUACAGCUGGCUAAGCCGGGCAGCGCAUCGCGCGUCCAGCUGCCCAUGUCGAGGCUCGGUCUGGUGCCCGGCGCUACGGCCAUCGACGCGCUCGUCCAAGCCGUCUACUCGCUCAUUGCAACCACAAAGGGCCAGCUAUCGAGCCUUUACCCGCCCCUGCUCAUCACGCUCACUAACACCGCCCCGAGCUGGCGGUCUCUCUCGAUUACCUCGUCGACCCGCCUCAUCCACCUGCUCCGCUCGUUUUCCCAGCCGGCCUUCCUGCUCUCGGAUGAGAACAACCCGCGCCUCCUCUUCUACGUCCUCGAGACGAUCAACUCGGUCUUUGCGGUGCAGUAUGCGGCCAACCCCAACCUGGUCUACGCCUUUGUGCUCGCGCAUAAGCUCCUCCCGCCGCUCGAGCAUUUCAGCCUGAGGCGCGGGGUCGAAGAGGUGUGGAAGAAGCGCAGGGCGCUCGGCACAGAUACCCGCGAUUGGUUCGAGGGCGCGCCGAGGCUCGAAAAGGUGCCGCUACCUCCGCCGACAUCGUCGUCUUCGCCUUCGUCAUCGUCGGUCCCGGUCCCUGACGAAACCGCGUCUGGGACAACUCCGACGGCAGAUGGGGAAAAGGCCGACGACGACGAGCGUGGCGAUCGACCGGCAACCGCGCUGGAGAAGGGGAAAAUGCGUCGCAUCUCGACUUCAUCGUCAUCGACGGCGGCAGCGGCAACAGCAGCGGCCGCCGCGGCCGCGGGAGGCGAGUGGCAGAGCGAGUUGUCCAAGUACUCGGACGAGACCGUCGAAGCAGCGGCGCGCAAGUACAUUGGCAAGAACGGCUUCCGGCCCACCCAGGCGUGGGUCGAGAGCUGGCAGUCUGGGUUACCGUUGCAUCCGCUCCGUCUCGUCAUCGACCGGCUGCUUCCCGAAGUGGAACGGAUCGCAUCCGGCGCCGAUGGAUCGUCUUCCCAGUCCAACCCCGCCGGCGGCGGUGGCAAUGUCGACGAAAAGGUGCUCGCCUUUAUCCGCGAGCAGGACAUGACCGGCUUCCUGCCCCCGCCACCCAACGGUAUCCAUCCGAGACCGUGGCAAUGGACGCUCCAUGCUUCCAUCUGGCUCAAGAGCUACCUGUGGGGCACGAUCUACGUCUCGAGCCUACUGCCCUACGGCGUGUGGGCAGAUACCCAGAUAGCCCUCUUCCGCAUCCACGAACGUCCAGACCCAAGCGCCGCCGCUCACAGGGCGCCGCCGGCUUCGGGAUCCAGCACGCCCUCUUCCACGCCGGCCUCGAACCCUAUCGCGUCAACGACUGGCGGUGGUGGAUUGAGCGAUGCGACGAGACAGGAUCUCGGCCUCGCCACGCCCUCGUCGGCCAAAAACGAGAACGCAGCGGCAAGCAAGGACGACGAGACAAAGGCGGAGGAAGUCGAGAUGAAGUAG